CGAAAUAGUUUUGAACGCAACCGUUUCUGCAAUUUAGUAAACUUUUGCAUCAAUUCACUGCAAUAAAGAACAACCAACAGUGUCAACGACUGUUUUUUACUGCAGUUAUCUUAUUACAUCAUAGUACUCCCAUGCAUUCAGAUAAAAAAUGAUUUGAGAUGAUGUUAGAUAACUUUAGAUACAUGGCGCAUAUGACAUGAGGUUUGUUUUAUGAUAAAAAUGAUACUUAAUGAUACUCGCAGAGUGGACAUUUGGGACGCACUAUGACACGUAAUACAAGUCAAUACAAAUAUAAUUUUAUCUGAUUUUAUCUUUCUUUUAUCUUCCAUGCAAUCAGUGCAGGAACAGAAAAAUACUUAUGACCCGUUCGCUUGUUCGAAUAGUCAGGUUGCUGCACAGUUCUUCAGGAAAACUGAGAAUGGAUCUGCUCGAAAACGCUAAGAAAAGUGCGGCUUACAAAGCCGUUGACGAAUACGUUCAUAAUAAUAGUGCCAUUGGGAUUGGCAGCGGAUCCACUAUAAUUUACGCUGUUCAGAGACUUGCUGAACGUGUUGUAGAAGAAGAACUCAAUGUAAUUUGUGUGCCUACAUCUUUUCAAUCUCGUCAACUUAUAUUAGAUAAUCAUCUUACCUUAGGCGACCUAGAAACUCAUCCACAUUUGUAUUCUGCUAUUGAUGGAGCAGAUGAAGUUGAUAAAGACCUGAAUCUCAUUAAAGGUGGUGGAGGAUGUUUGUUACAAGAAAAAGUUGUUGCUUCCUGUACCAAUCGAUUUGUUGUCAUAGCAGACUACACAAAAAAUUCAGUAAAGCUUGGUGAGAAGUAUAAAAAGGGAAUUCCUAUUGAAGUAGUUCCUAUGGCAUAUGUGCCAGUUAAACGUAAAAUUGAGGAUACUUAUGGAGGAACUGCGAAAAUUAGAAUGGCCAUCGCUAAAGCUGGCCCGGUAAUAACAGAUAAUGGUAAUUUUAUUCUGGAUUGGCAUUUUCCUGAUGUUGAUCCAAAUUCUUGGAAAAGGAUUAACAUGGAACUAUCCUCUAUACCUGGAGUUGUAGAAACUGGUCUAUUUACAGAUAUGGCUGAGACAGUUUUUUUUGGUAUGCCAGAUGGUACUGUACAGGAACGAAGCAUAUACGAUUGAAUGAAAUUAUUUUUGUUGAAAUGUUGAAUGCAUGUUAAGGCGCGAAUUUUAUUACAUUUUAUUCUCAAUUUCAAAAACGUUCUGAUAACGCUGUUAAAUCAUGAUUCUUGAUAACCUUUCAUUGCUAUCUAUUCUUGCCUUUUACUUUGU